AUGUUUCAGCGUCUCACCAGCCUCUUCUUCAAUGACAGCAACACGCCAGAGGGCCUGGAGGAGCCCAGACCCUUUGUCGAGGAAGAGGAGGAGGAGGAUGGCUGGCUCAUAAUAGAUCUUGCAGGCAGCCGUGCCCGCCCCGGUCCCGCCCGGCCCCGCCCGGCUCCUGGCGGUACCGGGCGCUCGGCGCGACCCCGCCCGACGCCCCCUGGUCCGCCACCGCCACCAGCCGCUUCCCCGGCUCCGGCCGGUCCCUGCUUGAUGGACGAGAGUUGGUUUGUCACCCCUCCCCCCUGUUUUACUGCAGAGGAGCCCGGCCUCGACGGCGUGGGGAGCAGCCCCAUGGAGGACCUGCUCAUCGAGCACCCCAGCAUGUCCGUCUACGUCACCAGCACCCUCGAGGUGGAUGGGGAGGGCCCCGAGGACGAUGCUGCAGAGGCCGUGCCGGAGCCGCGGCCGGAGCCGCCCGCGGGGCACCAGGGCCGGGCGCUGCCGGUGAAGGCGGCGGCGCUGGACAAGCUGGGCCAGGCUCAGCGGGCGCAGAGAGCCAAGCAGCUGGCGGAGCGGCACCGCCUGGGCCACAAGGCUCUGCAGCGGCAGAACCGGGCCCGGCAGCGCCCGUCCCGCCGCGCCAAGCAGCUCCCGGGAGCCUUCGUCCACCAGCCCAGCCAGCGCCAUUGCAACUACUGA